AUGCAUGAAUUCUGCAUUCAGGCACAUUUCUCACAGUUAGGAUUACCAAUCAGGGACUACGUCACAGACUUGAAGUCUGUACUGGAUCAAAUUUUGAUUGGUUUACAGGAAAUUUUAGAGGGAGUAACAGACAUUGACUUGGUGGUCAACCUAAAGCUUCGUGAAGAGGCUCUACUUGCAAAGUGCCUUGGAAGAAGGAUUUGUAGUGAGUGUGGAGGGAAUUACAAUGUGGCCUGCAUUGACAUUAAGGGUGAGGAUGGGAAGCCUGGCAUGUACAUGGCUCCACUUCUUCCCCCUCCACAUUGUGCAUCAAAGCUUAUCACACGAUCCGAUGACACUGAAGAAGUUGUGAAGGAAAGACUCCGGAUAUAUAAUGAUAAGAGUCAACCCGUGGAGGGGUUCUACCGCAGUCGAGGAAAAUUGUUAGAGUUUGAUCUUCCUGGAGGGAUUCCUGAAUCCUGGCCAAAGCUGCUUCAGGCUUUGAAUCUGGAAGACCAUGAAGACAAACAGUCUGCAGCCGCAUGAUUCGUAAUUCUGUACCAUAUACACUUUAGACAAGUUAGUUUUCCAUUAGAUAAGCCAAAUCAUUCUUUGCAUGUCCUGGAAGCAGA